GCUCCACCGCGCGGCAGUCCUCCGGCGGCCGACGCGUUGUAGAUACGUUAGUGCGUUUAGGGUGCAAGUAGCGCCACUCGAUACUUGCCGGAAGGUGAUUCGAUUUUGCGAACUAAUCCACAGCAAGUAUAACGGAGGCUCAGUCUGUCAUUCCGCGCCGAGAAAUGGAAGACGACGAGACGCUUUCGUUUGGUGGAAAUGUGAGCACGUUGCCGACCUACGAGAAGGUUGUCGUCGCGUGCGCAUACGCGGUGACAGAUGUGCGGGUAGGAGCAUUUUAAAAAAAAUCUCUGGUUAUGACAACGGACGCGACACCGUCCUAUUACAAUCAACAAAGUCUUCGGAUUGAGAACGAGAACAAGCCGAGGGAGGAGAGCUCUACUGUUUAUUUGUCAUCAUCAUAAGACGCUCCCUACGACUGUUCUCUGUCAAGGGCAUCUUACAUCGAGUGUUGUUUAUUUUUUCCUUUAAUCCUUUAUGUAUCCUAUUCUUCCUUUUUUCCUUUCUCUACUAGUGUCACGGGAUUCGUAACGAAAGACCUGUUCUCUGUCUCCUCUACGAAGUAGAAGCUGUCUGGGUGGCAAGAGAAGAAGAAAUAUGUGGUGCCUUGUGAGCCAGGCUAAUUCCGUCAUCCUCGAGGUUCAGGUCGACCCCAAAGCCAUCGGACAGGAAUGCCUCGAAAAGGCAUGCGACUGUUUGGGAAUCAGCAAAGAAUGCGAUUAUUUCGGAUUAAAAUAUCAAAACGCAAAAGGCGAAGAACUUUGGCUGAAUUUGAGAAAUCCAAUAGAAAGGCAGACCGGUGGAGGCGUGGUACCUUUAAGAUUCGCUCUGAGGGUUAAGUUUUGGGUACCGCCUCACCUGUUGCUGCAAGAAGCUACCAGACAUCAAUUUUAUUUACACUCUCGCCUGGAAUUGGUCGAAGGAAGGUUAAAGGUACCUGAUUGGGUAUCGAUAGCUCGUUUGAUGGCUCUAAUAGCUCAAGCAGACGGUGGCGAUUACGAUGCCUUGUCUCCACCGCAUGCCCUUUAUUCGCAAUGCUGUCAGAUACAACCAACUGAACCUUGCGAACCCAAGCCUCAGGACUUUCUGCAUCGGAUAGUUCAACAGCAUAAGGAAAUCAAGGGUAUGAAAACUUCGACAGCGGAAUAUUGGCUUCUUAAGGAAAUAUCAAAUUUGGAUACUUUUGGUCAAGAAAUGUUUCAUAGUAAAUUUGGAUAUAAUGGAAUUUCUACGAUUGGUGUUGGACCUCACGGUAUUACGGUUUAUCGUGGUCAAGAUGAGGAAACGCAGAAUAUACCAUACACGGCUAUCCAAAGUGCUACAUCUCAACGACGAAUGUUCCAUUUGGUUUAUCUAUCUCUCGACGGUGAAGAGACCUCGUUGGAUUUCAAAUUAGACUCAAGCCAAUCGGCCACCGGUCUUUACAGGGCAAUCACCGAGAAACACGCAUUUUAUAGUUGCGAAACUGUUAGAAGUGCGGUCACCGCACAAUUCAUCCGCGACUUGAAGGGAACGAUAAUCUCUAUUUUCAACGAGGACUCGACGCUAGGCAAGAAGUACGUCUUCGACAUACGAAGAACUUGCAGGGAGGUUUACGAUAAUGCUCGACGUGCGCUCUAUUGCGAGUCCGCGAGUAUAACACCACCUGAGGAAAAAGAGAUCUUGGGAAGGCAUGAUUGCGCCGAUUGUGAAAAUCCCAAGUGCAAGGAAUCUCGGGAGUGCCUUGCAAGAUUGUUGGAUGCCAUGCUGUGCCGAAUUUGCAUGGAUCGUAGCCUGGACACUGCCCUUUUCCCGUGCGGACACGCAGUAGCCUGUUUGGAUUGUGCUCGACGAUGCGAACGUUGUCCGCUUUGCAGGGCGGAUAUUGAUCACUGUCGAACUAUCUAUCUUCCGAUAGAGUUAACGCAUAUCGAUAGACACAGUCCAAAGUAGCUUGCUACCAGAAACGAUCGAACCUCGUGUUCGCCGUUAAAUCCUCCACCUACUCCUCGAACGAGGAUCAAAGGGAGGAUCGUGGGAAACUAGAUGAACAGGAAAUCACGUCUGAAGAAAAAGAGAGAGAGAGAGAGAGAGAGAGAUCUACCAAAGUGAAAUUCAAGCGAAUAGUAAGGAGGAGGGUCAUCUUUCAACGAUAAAUCCAUGAUGGCAGGAUCUUGUUAGAUGUUAGAGAUCGAUCCUUGUCUUUCGAUUAUUUUUCAAAAGGAAGAAUAUUACAAAAAAAAAAAAAAAA